CGGGGCCUGCCCUGCCCUGUCCUGUCCUGUCCUGCCCGCGAGUGAGGGAAGAUGGUGGCGCCGGCGGCUGCCGCGUGGUUCCCCCCUCAGGCAGCGACCGGCCCCGGCCACCCCGAGCCCGCAGAGCGCGCCCGGCCCCGCACCGCCCCCUGAGAGCGCCCGGCCCGGCCCUGCCCGCCAUGCCCCGCUCCCGCCGGGCGCACGCGACCCGGAGGGGCGGCCGCGGAGCUCGGAGCAGCGCCAAGGCAGAGUCCCAGGCCAGCGAUGAUGAGGCAGCCAGUGAAGUACUGAGUCACUACAGCAGCACCAGUGAGAGCACCAGCGUCGCUGAGGAGGGCACCGGGAGCGAUGCUGUGGACGAGCAGGCCCAGCAGGAGGAGGUGGAAGACAGACUGAAGGAGUGCAUUGACAACGUGACAGACAAGAGCACCAGGACCCGACAGGUAGCCCUGGAGAGCUUGCGGCUGGCUUUCUCCUCCAAGACACUCUUUGACUUCUUGCUGGAACGCAGGCUCACGCUCACAGACUCCUUGGAGAAGUGCCUGAAGAAAGGUAAAGGGGAGGAGCAGUCUCUAGCUGCUAGCGUUCUCACACUACUGUGCCUUCAGAUGGGCUCGGGCCCCGAGGGGGAGGAGGUUUUCCGCAGCCUGAAGCCCCUCCUCAUCAGCAUCCUGACUGACUCCUCGGCCAGCCCCAUCGCUCGCCAGAGCUGUGCCACGGCCCUGGGCAUGUGCUGCUACAUUGCUGCUGCGGAUGUGGAGGAUCUGGUUUCCUGUCUCACGUGCCUGGAGGGCAUCUUUGGCACUUCCUGCCUGGAGGAGGGCAGCUCUGUCCCCACCCACCACAGCCCCCUGCUUCAAACUUUGCACUGCAACUCCCUCCAGUCCUGGUCCCUGCUCCUUACCAUCUGCCCCAGCUCCCAGAUCAAGAAGAUCCUGGACAAUCACCUGCUCAAGCUGCCGCUGCUGCUGUCCAGCGACAACGUCCACCUGCGGAUUGUGGCGGGCGAGACCAUCGCGCUGCUCUUCGAGCUGGCCCAUGAGCUGGAGGAGGAGUUCUUCUAUGAGGACAUGGACCUGCUGUGCACCAAUCUCAAAGCCCUGGCCACCGACAGCAACAAGUACCGGGCCAAGACGGACAGACGCAAGCAGCGCUCUAUCUUCCGCGAUGUGCUGCACUUCAUCGAGAACGGCGAGUGCCAUGAGGAGACCAUCAAGUUUGGCCUGGAGUGCAUGUACGUGGACAGCUGGGUCAGGAGGAGAACAUACAACGCCUUCAAGGAGGUGCUGGGCUCCGGGGUCAGGCAUCACCUACAGAACAAUGAGCUGCUGCGCGAGAUCUUUGACCUGGGGCCUCCACUGGUGCUGGAUGCUGCAGCUAUCAAAGCCAGUAAGAUCUCCCGCUUCGAGAAGCACCUGUAUAACUCGGCCGCCUUCAAAGCCCGGACGAAAGCCAGGAGCCGCGUGCGCGAUAAGCGAGCCGAUGUCCUAUGACAGAGGCCGCUCUCUCCGCCGCCUCCUGUACAACCCACGGACUGCAGACCCUGACCACUGUGACACAGGGGAGGAGCUGCGGGGUGGGGCGGCCCUCCCAGUUCAUCAGCUCCUGCCAUGCCCCUCACCCCUAGCCGCGGGGGCUUUUAGAUAUGUACAGACUUGUAUUUAAAUGGCGUGGCUGGUGGAUCCCAGCGAGACGGCCAUGGGCCAGUUUUAUUUUUUUAACCAAAAAAAUGUAAGUGAGGUUUGGGUGGGGGGGAAGCCCCCCACUUUUAGCUGGUGAUUUUAGCCUCCUCUGGCCACCCCCCGCUCCUGCGAGCGCGUUGGGCCAUCCAGGUGCUGUCCCAUGGAAAUGCUGUGAAUCAGUGCGCAGGCUGGAGGCACCAGGGAAGGGGGGAGGUGGAUUUUCAGGUGAGUGUCUUGUUCUCUCCCCUGCUGUGGGAGCUGUUUGCCUUGGCUGGGUGAAGUGGGAAUUGGCAAUUGAAGUGGCUUUUGAAAUGCUGAGGGUGUGGCAUUACUGCAGGGGCUGUUCGCCCUGCCCUCCCCAAUACAUACAUGCUUGCAUUGGGCCCCUCCCAUGUGCACAGGCCAACCAGCUCUUCCCCCGCCCUUCCAGGAGUCCUGAGCAUGGCUCAGGAUGUGCCCAAGGGGCCGUGGGCCAUCAGCAGCCACUGGUUUGAGAGAAAUCCCCAACCAGUGUCAGGAUGGAACUAACAGGGCCCCAUGGGGGUAGGGUCACUGCUGAGGAGCUGCUGCUCCCCUCAGAUGCUCGUUUUUUGUGGGGUGGGGUCUUGGGGUUCAUCUCCCAUAGCAGGGUGCAGGGAAGGUCAGAGUGUGAAGUGGGGAUCGAUGGCUUGCCAAGAGGGGUUGAUGCAGUCCCUAGUGUGACCAGUGAGGGGGAGAUGAGAUUCCCCCACCCCCUCCAGGAAGAAGCUGGAGAUCUUGGAGCGAGCAGCAGCCUGCUCAGGGCCCUGGGCCCCUGGCUGCUAGAGACGAGGGUGGGAUUGUGGGUGAUGAAGGCAGAGCCUAGAACUGAGCACUGGAGCGGGCUACCAGCACAGCCGCCCCCUACCCCCCCCACCCCCAGCUCUGUCCCCCUCACACAGAUCUCACCCCGAGUAAGCCAGGUCUGACGCAGUCUAAUAGUAACUAAUGGAGUGUAGUGCCUGGACUAGCCCCAGACCUGUCUGCCCCCCACCCCAAAGCUGAGAGAAACUGAGCUGGUGGGAAAGGUGAAACGCACCAUGCUGAGGGAGCAAAGGGCUGCAGUGGGGGCGGGGCAAGCCUUGUAAAGGCUCAAUGAGGCACUGCAGGGCUGGGAACUGUGCUCGCUUUAACUGGGCAUUGUCUCUUUAAAAAUCCCCUUUGGAAGUGAUUCUUCCUCUCCCCCUCACUCCGACCCCUCCCCCCCCCCAAAGAAAACACAGGCAGGCUUAGCGUGACCCUACAGCGUGUGCUGGGAGGGGAGGGCCCCCUGUUUCUGUAGUGCCCCCUCUUGCCUUGCUUGGCAGGUGCUUGCAGGAGGGGGGUAAAAGGCUAGGAACCACACUCCCUCUGCCCUCCCGGAUGAAAAAUUGCCCCUCUGAAGGCUGCAAUUUCACUUUCUUCUGAGCCUUGUUACCUGCCUGUUGGGGUUGGGUCCCUUCCCGCUCCCACUAGCCUCUGCCCAGAGCUGUGGGAAUGGGGCCAGCCACCCCUUGCUAGGAAGCAUCUCCCCUGGAGUUCUUUGAAGGUGGCUCCCUGCCUGGGGUUGAGGCCUUCCUUAUGGUCUCCCUCUGACAGCACAAAGCUGGUCCAGGUGCUCUCUGGCUAUGAAGAUCACAUCAACUUCUCGCCGCUGCUCUGCGGGGCUGGGCUCUGCCAUAGUUUGGGGGGGACGCACAAAGAAACCAUGCCAGAGGGGGAGGAGAAAGGCAGCAGGGGCAGAGCGAGGUGGGACAGGGCAGUAGCAUGGCCCAGCUUGUGCUCUGUAUCAUGGAGGGAUGGGGACUUUGCUAUGGGGUGCUCACCUGGGCCACUGGGGUGUUCACCCUAUCCUACAGGGCUUCCCUCGAAUGGAUUGCUGGAGUGGUUUUAUAACAGGGUGAUUAGCGGAGAUCAUUAAAAGGCAAAUGUCUUG